ACCAGCUUUGAUGUAGUCGGCAUCAUUUCUGCGGGCGCGUGGGCUUUCUUCGUGCAGAAAUGCCGGAUCCAGCAAAAUCCGCUCCUGCUCCUAAAAAAGGGUCUAAAAAGGCUGUAACAAAAGUGCAGAAGAAGGACGGCAAAAAGCGCAAGCGAAGCCGCAAGGAAAGUUAUUCUGUGUAUGUAUACAAAGUGCUGAAACAGGUUCAUCCGGACACGGGCAUCUCGUCCAAGGCCAUGGGCAUCAUGAACUCCUUCGUCAACGACAUCUUCGAGCGCAUCGCGGGCGAAGCGUCCCGCCUGGCUCACUACAACAAGCGCUCGACCAUCACGUCCCGGGAGAUCCAGACGGCCGUGCGCCUGCUGCUGCCCGGCGAGCUGGCCAAGCACGCCGUGUCCGAGGGCACCAAGGCGGUCACUAAGUACACCAGUUCCAAAUAAGGGUGCUCAAGAGACGAAAUAGAACAUCUACCUUACCCCAAAGGCUCUUUUCAGAGCCACUUAACUUAUCAGAGAAAGUGGCUGUAAGCACUUGGAUAGAAGGUUGGUCAGAUAGUGAUCUCGAGUGCAUGUGCAUUUUUUUGGGAUUUGGAGUUGAGAGGGAGGUGAAGAUGGUCUUUGCUUUUAAAAUUGGGAUCUUCCUAUGGGGCUCGAGGUGCCACCUAGUGGCAGACAUCACCUUGCUAGUAACAAGUGAUUAGUUCCCAGGGUGGUCCCUACCUAGACCUCAGUGGGAGCUUUAAGUAGAGAGUGGGCCGGGCUGUCCUCUUAUCACUUCAUCCCUUUGUCCCUAAAUGUCUCAAGUCCCUUGUUGAGUAGUAAACAAGCUGGGAUUUAUUUUAUCCUAUCACACAGAGUCCUCAAUUAACUAGUCCCAGCUACUAAGGUUUUAGUCAGUUUUCAAUACACACCUUUCAAACUUUCUCCUAUAUAGCCACAUGCUUUAGUACGCAAGUUGGCCUACCUGUAAAUCUCAGCAUAGCCAUCCUUCCCUAACUUCCUUCUAGCCCAGUGACCCUCAGCCGGAUAGACUUUGCCCCUCCACCCCAUGGAA